AUGUCUCGGGAGCAGGAGGCAGUGGCUCGUGCCAGAAAAGCCUUCCGAACAGGCAGGUCCAAACCUUUAGAGUACCGGAUCUAUCAGCUGAAGAAACUACAACAACUCUUCACCGAGAGACAGAAAGAGAUUUCAGAUGCCGUCAAAAAAGACCUCAACAAGGUGAGAGGCAUUUCAAAUCAUUAUCUUCUCAAAUCUCAUGAGUAAAUAGAGUCCGUUUUCGUCUGUCGGCUCAGACUUUUCAAAUUCUUUAUUAUACAGAGUGAGGUGGGUACCCAGCUGUACGAGACCCUUGGUCUUGAGGGAGAGAUCAGCCUAGCCAUCAGGAAGCUGAAGGAGUGGGCAGCUCCUCGGCCCGUGGAGAAGAACCUGAUGACUGUCUCAGAUACAGUCUACAUCCAACCGGAGCCACUGGGCGUGGUGCUCAUCAUUGGGGCUUGGAACUACCCCUGGGCUGUUACCAUACAGCCCCUCAUUGGAGCCAUCGCUGCUGGUACUGAAUCAUGCUAUGUGUGUGUGUGUGAUGUAAAAAGGUCAGCGUUCACAUUUCUAUCAGUUUUUAUCGUUAUUUAUCCCUGGGGUGAAGUUUAAAUAGAGAUUGGGCUCCACAUGGACAGUAAUCUAAGACAGUUCUUGUUCACUUUGCUUCACUUCAACUUAAUUAUGUCCCAAAAAUGGGCAAAUCAGGUUGCAGCAGGCACAGACAUUUAAAACACUGCCAUACAUCAUAAAAAGAAAAUAAAUAAAAUAAAAUACAUCUACAUAAGAAACAGUUCAGGAGCUAAAAAGCAUUAAAGAUGAUUUAGAAGGUAAAAAGAAAAGCAUAUGUCAGUCAUACCAGUAUUUUUUCAUGAACAGAGUGCAAAAGAUAAAAUACAGAAACAAAGUGCAAUGUGCGGUUUGCUUGCCAAUAAAAGAGCCCUAGAUGAAGCUUGAUCUAUAAUAAUAAUGAUAAUAAUAGUUCUUGUUGAAGUCUGAAACACUAAAGCAUAAUUUGUGUCCUGGAUCUACUCAGUUAUCUCAGAAAAUCACAGUUAAGUGUUUGUAAGUGUUCAUGGAUUGAUUAGCAAACAUGCAGAAACAACCCAAACUCAGAUUUUGAGAAAGUUAGUCUGUCCUUUUUCUUCAUCCCGUUGAGGUUCUUUGUCAUGUGAUCAAGACAACUUAGCUUCCCUUUAAUCUUGGCAUUACAACACAUGUCACCCUCUCUUGAUAAAUGGGCCAAAGGGCAGUCUGUGAACUCUACUCUACAGUCAUGAGAGAGCUGUGAGAUUGUAAGAUCAGACAAAAAAAUUACACACCUCAUCAUCACAAGCAGGUAAUCUUUCGCUUUAACGUACGUAAGUCAACUCUGUGGAUUAUUCCUGACAGUGAUGGCUGAAAGAACAUGGUUAAACCCAGUCCUGAGAUAAUGAGUGAGCCCAUGAAUAAUUUAUGUCUUCUUUAAAAGCCUUUGAAAUGGUCUCCCUGUGUUUAGAUACAAGCAUCAAGUCCCAGUGUUUUGACUGAGCCCUGAUGACUUUAUCAUGCAAACCUGAGUGUGGAGAGUCUGCUUAGGAUUGUUAGCAUGACACAGCAGCUUUUCUACAGUCUGUUGUGAUAUUCUGUACUCACAUAAAACCUUUUGUUUACCUUCACACACAAGAGUACUGCUGCAGGUCGACAAAGUCUUUGUGUUUUGAUUAUUUCUUUAUUUAUUGAUAAAGCUGAUGAGACUCCAACGUUAAUGGUGAGAACUCUUGAAUGAACUGAGUCCUGUCAGGCUGCAGCCCAUGCAGUAACUGUUUGCACAACAAGGACUUUAUCCUUUGCCCUCACAUUAUCAGAUCUGGUAUCAGCGUCAUUGGCCACAAGUUCUUCUUUUGAAAUAUGUGCAGUUGUGUGAUAAAAACAAAGAAAUCAAGAUCAGAUGUAUGUCAAAGGCAGCUGGCAACACCCUCACCAUAUAGAAAAAGUGAACUCUACAUGAUUCAGCAGUUUAAAUCUGCUGCAUGAUAACCUUAAACCAGAAUUCAAGUUUAUUUAGAUUGUGUAUUAGACAUCAAGCAGCCAAAUACUACUGUUUAUGUGUGUUUUAGGGUUGUAAUGAUACAGGAUUUACACUUUGGAAAGGCGCUUUUGUAGGUAACUAAGCUGUUACUAAAGAUUUUCUGUAAAAUGUUAUAUUUGAUGCUCUUUGUAACAUACAAAUUUCUCGUCUUGUGACCCAGAGGAAAUGUUUUCAACCUUGUUAAGAUAGUUUUUAAUUUUAUAAGAGUCUCAGUUUUCAGUUUCUAGAAUUUGUAGACAUGCUGGUUACUCUGUUUAAACUUACUGGGAGUAAAUUAACCCUUUAAAACACAUUUUUAUAGAGUGCUUUUAAAGGUUUUUGGACUCUGUGGAUCAUGUUUUCUAUCUUCUGAUACCAUUUUUUUUUCACCACCCUGUGCAGGUAACGCUGCUGUGAUUAAACCCUCCGAGGUCUGCGCUCACACUGCAAAGGUCAUGGAGGAACUGCUGCCUCUUUACAUUGACAAAGUAAGGAUGAUUGAACAAAAUACACCUAAAAGGGAGAGUAAUAAACAUUGAAUCAGAUCUUUGAAUUUGCAGUUAAUCAGCAAAUAGUUUUAUUCUCUAUUUCACUGCAGUGAUAUAGUAAGCCACAUACAAACACUAAGGGCUUUAUUUUCAUGCCCGCCGGUGGCGUGGCGGAGGGCGGCGGACCCCGCGCAGUGGUAUUUUCAUCUGGCGUAGCCCGGCGUACAGCCAGUUUGGUAUUUUCAUGGACUGAGGUGCACCAAGGCCCGCCAAGCUGGGCGUGGUGGCGCAGUAGGGGGAGGUGUCAACAUUUUCGUACCCGCCGGCAGCAUAUAAAGUGCGCUGAAAGCUCGCCGAUUCAAACCUGGUGUUAAAGCCACUUCACACCUUCUCUCCUCCCGCUCCACGACUUACGCCGCUGGGAAGAGCGGAGUUAGGGAGGGGGGAUACUGACACCGGGCUGCGCCGCUCACCAAAAUACCAAAAUGUGGUUGGAUACGCCUUGCGGACUCUAUUUUUGUGCCUCACCUGCGCCAAUCCACCGGCGAGGCACAAAAAUAGAGCCCAAUGUUACGUCAGAGACUAAACGCUGCAUUUCGAUGACCAUCUGUCUGUUUUGUGUGUCAGGAGCUCUACCCCGUGAUAAACGGUGGGGUGCCGGAAACGCAGGAGCUGCUGCGCCAGAGGUUCGAUCACAUCUUCUACACUGGCAACUGCGCAGUCGGCAAACUGAUCAUGGAGGCGGCCUCCAAACACCUGACACCCGUCAUCCUCGAGCUGGGCGGCAAGAGCCCUUGCUACAUCGAUAAGAACUGCGACAUAAGCAUCGCCUGCAGGUCAGACAAAUGAAAGAGCAGAAUUUCCAUCCAGGCUCUCAUACGCUGUAGCGGCUUUUACCUGAGACGCUUCUGCUAACUCUUAUAGGCGUAUCACCUGGGGAAAGUACACCAACUGUGGCCAGACCUGCAUCGCCCCAGACUACAUCCUGUGUGAUCCCAGCAUCCAGGACCGGGUCAUUGAUGAAGUCAAGAAGUCCAUAAAAGUACAAAACCCUUGGUGUCUUUUUCAAAACAUUUUCCGAAGUAAAGACUAUUGUUCUUGACAUUUUUUGAUGUUUUUUUUCUUCCUCACUUUAUGAGAGUAUUUGUGACACACUGAUAUUCGUCCCCUGGUAGGAAUUCUACACUGACAACCCCAAGACCUGCUCAGAUUAUGGACGCAUCAUCAACCAGCGCCACUUUAAGAGGCUAAUGGCAUUGCUGGAGGACAGCACCGUUGCUGAAGGAGGAGACAAUGAUGAGUCAGAUUGCUACAUCGGUGAGAUUUUGAUUCUCACUAAUUUUUGAUGUGUUUGUCAAUCAAGUAGGUGAGCUGGAUGAAAAGCGUGUUUUUGUGUCGUUCAGCUCCCACAGUCUUGCGUGACGUGAAGCCUGAGGCGAAGGUGAUGCAGGAGGAGAUAUUUGGACCUCUGCUCCCCAUCUUACCGGUCAGCAGCCUGGAUGAAGCAAUAAACUUCAUCAAUGAUCGAGAGAAACCUCUGGCCCUCUACGUUUUUUCAUCAGACAACAAGGUACCGAUUGAUAGAGUCAGAAAACAAGCAGGAGUCCAGCAGACUGUUCACCAGUACAGACCUCUCUGUUUAAAGUAUGAAAAUCUUUAUGGUAACACGAGUCUUCUUCUCCCUCUUAAGUUGAUAGAGAGAGUGAAAGACGAGACCUCCAGUGGAGGACUGUUGGCCAAUGACUGUCUGGUGCACUUCUCUGUCAGCUCUCUGCCUUUUGGAGGAGUGGGUGAGUACAAAUCCCUAAUUUAGUUUAUUCAGAUCUGUUUACUUUCAAAAGGCCUGUAGGGGGAGCCCUAAUUACUGGAAUAAUAAAUCAGAUUGGGGCACCGAAGCCUGAGCUGUGAAUAUGAAGGUUCAGGUCCAGCCUGUGGUUUUACUCCUCACAAAUAAAGACACAAAAACUGUAAAUUUAAAAAAAAAAGUCUUUUGACUUUUGACUGGUGACGCUCUGACAGCAACAAUUUAAGAUAUUUGAGGGAUGAUAUCAGAAGUGUUACUGACACACAAAUUGGUUCAAAGUUAAAGUCAGUUUGUGUUCAACACAGUCCAACUAUCUCCUUUUGUUUUCACGAACAGGAAACAGCGGUAUGGGUUGCUACCACGGCAAAUUCACCUUUGACCAGCUGAGUCACCUGCGGGGUUGUCUCAUCAAGCAGCUGAAGAUGGAGGGAGUGAACAGCAUGCGUUACCCUCCUCACACAUUCAAGAAACUGGGCUGGGCCCGCUUCUUCAUCCUGAAGAACGUAGACCUGGGCUGGAUAGGACGAAUGGCGGUCUUAGCCGUCUUGGCUGUCGUGGCGGCUGUUGUGCUCCAGGUGAGUCACAGAAGAGCAAGAUUUUGAGCUGAAGAAAUGUUCACUGAUGGGAGUCUGAAUGAUAUCUUUGUUUUUCCAGAACUACCUCCUUUAA